AUGGGUGAGCCUGAAGACGUCGACGCGAUGCUCGAGGAAGCACUUGACAAAAUCGAUGAUUCUGAUCGCAAUAAUGGCCAUGGACAUCCCGAACCGAUGGCAGCAUUAAUUCGUGGUGAUCCGCCGAAAGAUAAUGGUGGUGAUGUCGAGAUGAAUUCAUCAACAAAUGGUGAUACCGCAAAAGAUCUGGAUGAAAGUGGUAAAAUUGCUGAUAGUGAUAAGAAGAAAGAACGUAAGAAGCACCGUUCAAGAUCGAGAGAGUCAUCACGAAGCCGUUCACGCAGUCGUGAGAAGGACAAAAAGAAACAUAAACGAAGUAGUUCAAGUCGUGAUCGCAAGAAGAAAUCACGAUCACGAUCAAAAUCACGUGAACGUCGUCGCCGUUCGCGCUCUCGUAAAAGCAGUCGAUCGUCACGACGACGCUCCAGUUCACGUUCGCGGCGUCAUCGAUCACGUUCUGGUCGUUCACGUUCACGUUCACGUGAUCGUCGCCGUUCGAAAUCACGCGACCGUGACCGUCGUCAUCACUCACGAUCACGUGAUCGUCGCAGAAGAAGUCGUUCUUGGUCACGUCCACGUGUGUUAGACCAUCGUGAUCGCCGUGGAUUUUCGCCUCCGUGGAGACGUUCACCGCCGCGUGGACCACGCUUGCCAGGACCAGAACGAAGAGAUGUGAUGCCGUUCACGGCUCGGCGAUCACCGCCACCGAAUGCCAAAUUGGAUAUGACAUCCGAGGAACGUGAUCAAAGGACUGUGUUUAUUUUGCAGAUAGCAAGACAGACGCGACCGCGUGAUUUGGAAGAAUUCUUUUCAAGUGUUGGUCAUGUUCGGGAUGUUCGUAUAAUCACCGAUUCAAAAACUCGUCGAUCGAAAGGCAUUUGUUAUGUCGAAUUCUGGGAGAUCGAAAGUGUCAACCUGGCAUUAGCUCUGAAUGGACAAAAGUUGUUGGGUGCACCACUGGUGAUUCAACCAACACUGGCUGAAAGAAACAGAGCAGCGAAUAAUACGGUUGGUGGAACACUUGGCUUCGGUCCAACAAAUACAACUGGUCCAUUGAAACUGUACGUUGGUCAGUUGCAUACGAGUAUCACAGAGGAUAUGCUUAGACGUAUAUUCGAGCCAUUCGGCAAGAUCGAUUCCCUCGAAAUUUCAACUGAUCUCAGUGGUGUUUCGAAAGGGUAUGCUUACGUAACGUUCCGUCACGCGGACGACGCAAAAAGGGCUAUGGAGCAGAUGAAUGGUUUCGAAUUAGCUGGUCGCCCAAUGAAAGUGGGUACUGUUGAUAAUGAUGAAGAACCGCCACAGCAGCCUCAACGCACAUUAGACACUGAGGAUGCAGAUCGACGUGGAAUCGACUUGGGUACUAGUGGAAGACUUCAUCUGAUGGCGAAACUUGCUGAAGGCAGUGGUCUCGAAUUACCGAAGAGUGCAAAGGAGAUGUUAGCCCAGAAUAAUCAAGCACAACAACAAACAGCACCACCUCUGGCCGUACAGCAGCAAGCUCACUUGCAACAGCCACAGCAGCAAACAGAUGCGCACAAUCUCGCUAUACCACCGAUAGCUACUCAAUGCUUUCUCCUCUCGAAUAUGUUCGAUCCAACGCAAGAAAGUGGUGAUUCGUGGGCAGAUGAGGUGCGGGAUGAUGUCAUCGAGGAAUGUGCCAAAAAUGGCGGUGUGGUACAUAUAUUCGUCGAUCGCGCAUCGCCGAGUGGCAAUGUCUAUGUGAAGUGUCCUUCAGUUGCAGCUGCGUAUAAAUCUGUUAAUUCACUCCACGGAAGAUGGUUUUCUGGUAAAGUGAUAACGGCAAAUUAUAUUCCACUCGCAAGUUACGCUCAAUUGUUCCCGGAAUCUGUAGCACCACGGAUGCCGAUUCUGUCAUCGAGGUCGCAUGGGGGCACAGCAGCGGGUGUGGUGGAUACGUGA